ACUUAAAUGUGUCGCUUAUCAUUCAAGUCUAGUACAAUAUAAAACUUCGAAAUUACAUAUACGUUGCACUGGUUGUUUAUUAGGCACUACGUUCAAACAGUUUUAUCAUCAUAAAGACGAAUUAUUGCAUGUGACGUUCAGAACGCAGUCAAAAUGUUGCGGAAUACAUACAUUUACCAAUACUUGGCAACUAUCACGGGAUCAUUCUCCAUCCUAAGCUGUGGAGUAAACCAAGCGUGGACCUCGCCGUACCUGCCGCAAAUCAUUAACGGCUCGUACCCACAAAUUUCUAUGACAUCUGCUCAAGGAUCGUGGUGCGCAGUUAUGGCACCAUUGUCCGCUCCAAUCGGUGCAUUAAUCGGCGCACUUCUAGUCGAUAGGUUGGGGAGGAAAUACACAACUCUUCUAAUGGCCCCCUACACACUUAUCAUGUUUAUAUUUUUAGCGUUCGCGAACAACCUAGUAUUAAUUAGCCUAAUUCGUUUCGUCAUCGGUAUAGUCGAAGGGGUGUUGUAUACAAGUCUUCCGAUGUAUCUUGGAGAAAUUUCAGCGCCUGAGGUGAGAGGGAUUUUAACGGCGAGUGUGCAGUUUGGCGCCCUCUUGGGUACAUUGCUUAUCAAUGUCUUCGGCUUGUACUUCUCCAUCUUUACUACGUCACUAAUCUUCGCGGCGGUACCGCUGCUGCAUUUUGUCACGUACUUUUGGAUGCCAGAAUCGCCGUAUUAUCUCAUCAAAAAGAACAAAAAAGCAGAGGCAAAAGCAGCGCUAAUAUUGUUGAGGGGUAGCGUGGAUGUUGAUAGUGAGAUGCACUCGUUGUGCGAAGCGGUGAGUAGGCAAGAAUCUGACCGGAAAACAAAGAUGAGCGAGUUGGUUACUGUGAGAAGCAAUCGGAGAGCGCUACUGAUUUUUGUUAUACUAUGCACAACUCGAAAGUUCAGCGGUAAUUCCCCAUUCUUGUUUUACACUGCGCAGAUUUUCCAAAUGGCUCAAGGCAGUCUUCAUCCCCAUUUAUCGGUGAUCAUCUUUCUCACUAUACAAAUCAUUGCUGCCAUGCUGUCACUGUAUUUACUGGAUCGCGUCGGUAGACGGCCCAUUAUACUAUCAUCUACCGUUGUCUGCGUUAUAACCUUGGGUAUCAUCGGCUUGUACUUCUACCUUCAGGAUCACCACGUUCAAUCCGUGGAGAAUUUGAGAUGGUUGCCAAUUACUGUACUGGUAUGCUAUAUCGUCUUUUACAAUAUCGGAUUGGAGCUGUCACCGGUGGUUUACGUGGGCGAACUGUUUCCAACGAAUAUUAAGGCGAUAGCCUUGGGGUUUGCCGAAACAUUCGCCGCCAUGAACGGUAUCGUAACAGCGAUGUUGUUCAGUAUUUUAGCGGACAACUACGGAAUGUUCCUUCCAUUCUGGAUAUUCGCGACGUGUUGUGCGGUCGGUUUGCUAUUGAUCGCGAAGUUUGUUCCCGAAACAAAAAACAAAACCUUGGAACAAAUUCAAAUGGAACUUAUUGCAGGUGCUUCAAAGUCGAACAGUUAAAUUUGUUGAGUGAUUUUACAUUUUUAAGUUGUUAAAUAAAUAUUAUAGUUAAGUUACAUUUGUUAUAAGUUGAUCUAGAAAUUGAUUA